UACGAGUAUCAUGACUCUUUUCAGGCAGUAGGUGAAACCUUGAAGAAAAAGUGGCUCUGUCUUCAAAAAAGUGACCUGACCUUUGCUUUGGGCAAAGGCGCUAGGGCGGCCGAUAAGGCUGUGGCCAUGGUGAUGAAGGAGAUUCCGAGAGAGGAGUCUGCAGAAGAAAAGCCCCUCCUCACUGUGGCAUCCCAGCUGGUGAAUGAGCAGCAGGAGAGCAGACCCCUCCUGAGCCCCUCCAUUGAUGACUUUCUCUGUGAAACUAAGCCUGAAGCUGUUGCAAGGCCUGUAACAUCGAAUACAGCAGUAUUAUCAACAGGUCUGGAUCUCUUGGAUCUUAGUGAACCUGUCUUACAAACCCAAAACAAAGCAAAGAARCCAGAGAAUCCUUCAAGAAGUGAAGGCUUAAAAGCUUCAACCCACAGAAAGAAGACAGAGAAUCCUGACCUGAUCAGUGUGGAUUCUGAGCAKAAAGUCCAGGCUGUCAAAGUUGCAGACAAGUCUUCUCUAGAUUUAGUUGAUAUUCAGACACAGAUAGAGAAAUGGGAUGAUGUCAGUUUUCAUGGAGACAGGAGUAGCAAGGUCCACCCUUCUGCAGACAGAACAUCAUCAUCAUCCAGAGCUCCAUCAAAAGAGAUUUUAUGGUCCACAGAAAACAGAUCACAGUCUGAGCUGACUAAUGUCAAGAGUGCCUUGGACUCUGAUUCAACAUCAGAAUUAGAACUUGCCCCUGCAAYACAGGUGGGAGAGCAGUGUGGUCACAGGACUUUUUUCUGCUGGAAAAGGACCUCUAAUACGGAGGGCUCUGGGCUAAAGGCACGGUCAAGUAAGGAGCAGCGUUGGGGAACACCUCUUCUCUCUAGAAAUCACUCCUUGGAGGAGGAAUUUGAAAGAGCAAAGGCAGCUGUAGAGUCCGACACAGAGUUUUGGGAUAAAAUGCAAGCAGAAUGGGAAGAAAUGGCUCGCAGAAACUGGAUUUCAGAGAACCAGGAAGCACCGGGGCAAGUCACCAUCUCAACCAUUGAGAAGGGUUAUUAUUUCCAUACUGAGAAUCCCUUCAAAGACUGGCCUGGUGCUUUUGAGGAAGGACUGAAAAAAAUGAAAGAAGGUGACCUGCCCGUUACAAUCUUAUACCUGGAGGCUGCAAUCCUACAAGAGCCCAAUGAUGCAGAGGCUUGGCAGUUCCUGGGUAUAACACAGGCAGAAAAUGAAAAUGAGCAGGCAGCCAUUGUGGCCCUCCAAAGGUGCUUGGAACUGCAGCCAAACAACCUAAAAGCUCUGAUGGCCUUGGCCGUGAGUUACACCAACACUGGCCAUCAACAGGAAGCCUAUCAAGCUCUGAGAAACUGGAUAAAGCAAAAUCCAAAAUACAAGUAUAUAGUGAGAAGCAAAAAAGGGUCCCCAGCRCUUACCAGGAGGAUGUCUAAGACAGCAGAUGAAAGCUCAUUACUUGAAGAAGUAAAGGAUUUGUACCUGGAGGCUGCUCACCAGAAUGGUGAUAUGAUAGACCCUGACCUGCAGACAGGACUUGGGGUUCUUUUCCACCUGAAUGGAGAAUUCAACAGAGCAAUAGAUGCAUUCAGUGCUGCUUUGACUGUUCGACCWGAGGAUUAUACGUUAUGGAACCGCCUUGGAGCAACCUUGGCAAACGGGGAUCGCAGUGAAGAAGCUGUGGAGGCCUACACACGAGCUUUGGAAAUACAACCUGGCUUCAUCAGGUCCAGAUACAACUUGGGGAUAAGCUGCAUCAACCUAGGGGCAUACAGAGAGGCUGUCAGCAAUUUCCUCACUGCUCUGAGUUUGCAAAGRAAAAGCAGGAAUCAACAGCAGGUUCCCCACCCUGCACUAUCAGGCAAUAUUUGGGCAGCGCUUCGGAUUGCUCUGUCUAUGAUGGACCAGCCAGAACUAUUUCAAGCUGCCAACGUGGGUGAUCUAGACAUUCUCUUAAGAGCUUUUAAUCUAGAGCCGUAAUAAAAAGGAUUCAAAAAUUGAUUAAAUUGUAUUAGGAAACAGAGAACUUUUUUUAUUACUCAUCCCCAAAUGACCACAUUUUCCAAAAGAUCAUGACUGUAGAUCAGUAGGGGAGUUCUUUCAGACAUUAUUCAUAAAGGRAAAGUUCAAAAGCACAAAAAUAGUGUAAAUAAAUUCAAACUCAAAGGAUUGAAAAUGAGCUGUGGCUAAUCUGACAAAGCCCUGAACUAGAUGAAAUAGCAAUUUCUGAAGAAUCUUCAUCCCAUGCAAGCUAUAUCUCUAUAUACACACAGYUGUAAAAGGAAAAGUAUCUUAAGAAGAAACCUAGAAAAUGGUGAUUGCACAUUAGGAUGGCAAGCAGUGCAUCCAAGGAACCUGCUUAUUAGCUCAUUGCACUAUGCUGACACCACUUUGCCCCACAGUGGGGAUUCCCUACCCUUUGGUUUCUUUGAUGAAAAAUCUUCUCAAGGUCCAUUUUUAACACAGCUCUGAAAAUAGAUGCAUGUAAAAAGGGUGUGUUUUGUUUUGAAUAUAUUUAAUAGCCAGCAAUCAAUUUUUGGGCCCAUCCAUGUGCAAUGUCAAGRGGAGCAUUGCCCAUGGAGGGCUGUGGGAUGAGUCCAGGUACAUUUGGGAAGCCAAGUGUUGCCAGCAGAAGGGACAAUUUGCACUGGAAYUGUUACUGUCCAAAGCAGCUGUCCUUGAUCUGGGACAGCCUAAAGGAGCUCAUGGCAGGGUCUGCACCUUUCUGUGUACUUAUGCACUUUAAUCUYUGUUUUUGUAAAAUAGUGCUAUGCUUCUAUUUUAGUUACCAGCAAYGGAAUGUACGGGAUGGCCUUGUUGRCAGGGAGGACCAAUAUMAUUUCCUGAAUUGCAGCAAGAGGGUUUUCAAUAUUCUUAAGUUUAAAAAUGCAAAUGCAGUAUAAAUUGCAUUAACAAGUAGAAAGAUAAUUAUAUGCAUCCAUCAGGUACUACACAUGUACAUGCAUGUGCAUGCACAUACAUGUUGUAUGCAAAUGAUGUCAUGUCAGAACAUGGUAAGCUACAGAUCUUCAUUGCAAAUGAAGAAAAAUCUUCAUAGGUGUUACCUGCCUGCAGACCAUGCUCAAGGGAAAACUUUCCCUAAAGAAAUUGGUCUAKAUAAUGCUUGUAGGAUUGAGACCAAGGCUUGGUCCUGCUGUUGUGGCAAACAGCAGCAAAAGUCUCUGUGACCUCCAUGAUASCAGAGUCAAUCCUUAGACAACACCAGUAUGUGUAGCUACUCACAAAUGUGUCUGUAAACACACCAUCUUCAUUCUCCCUGGCUGGGUGAAUGGGGAGCAGUGUGGGGCAGUGCCAAUCCAUGAUGAAUGGAUUGAUUCAGCYACAAUCAAACACAUUUAGCUCAGGGUGAAUGCGUCAAUCAAAGAACCAAGAGAAAUUUUUAGAAGGUGAUUUUCAGUUGUUGAUAUUUUAAAUAUUUUUCUUGAAUAAGGGAAGAUAAAAAAUGUAAUUAGAUGUGUUGAUCUGUGGUCAGGAAUUCAAUGUGCRGAGUACCUACUGGCAUGUGUUAAAGUGGGACAAAUAGCACAUUUCCUAUAAACAACAUUAAAAGAAAAAUCCAGCUCAGAGGGAUAAAAAAAGAAAUCCAACUGCACAGAUCACAGAGAAAGAUGCUCUGUGGGAGUUGGACAGUUCCACCAGUACAAACCUAAAGUUUCUUGCAGCUGUCUGUUAUUUUGAGCCACCACUUAAAGGAAAAUUCCAUGUAAGACAGUGUAAUCACUGCAUCUAAUCACAUCUAUAGGUUGUUAAAUAAAAAUAAUUGAUUGUCAUUAGAAAAACAAAAGGCUUACCCUUCAGUCUCUCCUACAGAAUAGAGAUGCUGAAACAGUUAUAGAAUUUUUUUAAGAAUGUUUUAUCAAUUCAUUGUUUACCCAUAUAUCCCUGUUUAUCUAUUGAGUGUUUCAUAACUGAUUGCUGCAGCUUUGUCUAAGGAUGGGGCUGCCUGGGAAUGUCACUUUAGCUAAGUGGGCUGCUGUAUGCAUAUCUGCUGACAACAGUUUGCUCUUUUGCUUUGACAGCGAUGUGUGAUGACAGCUCUUUAUUGAUAAGGCAGAGCAGAAGGUGCAGUGCAAUUGAAUCUGGGAAGUGAUAAGAGAGAARGGAGGCAGCUUUGAGAAGAGGCUGUAAAGCAAAGGCAUAUGUGCUUAGAUUUUGCUUGAUGCCCUGCCAUCACACAAGUUUUUCUAGAAUAUCCUUUGUGCUGUGGUGUGGGAUAAUCAGUGCUUACCCAGAGGAMUUAGUUGUYCAGGGACUU